ACAGGCGGUACGCAAAUGCAGCUGCGCGGACCCCGUCCUGUGAUUGGCCGAGAGUCUCGGCGGGAGCGGAUCAACGCGCAGGAAUACAAAAGAUGGUGGAAAAUGUUCAAUGUUCCUGUUAAAUGUGUUUGUGAUGUUGCUGUCCGGUCUCAGUGACAUGAAAACAUGUGGAUAAUGCACAAAAGGCUCGUGUUAGAACCUGUAGCUCGUAGUUUCAUUUAUACAUCACAUUAAACAAGAACGUGAAUGAAGGUGAAGGAAACCCUAAUGUCUUUAAUGCCUGAUCUUCAAUCAUGUGGAAAUGUGUAAAACAAAGCUUCAAGAUUACUACAUUUAGUGAUAAAAGCAAACUGCUCGGUCAGAUUCCGUUAUUUGUUUGUUGCCUAAUUUUAUCAAUUAUAUUAUUAUACAUUUAUCUCCAUUUUGUUGUUGACAUAUUCAAGCACAGACACUUCCUUUUUGCAGCUUAGAGGCAUGAAAAUACAAACUGAUGAAGAACAAUGUCCAGUCCUCAUUUCAACUGAAUUUUACCAUUAAGCAGUUCAUAGCUCUAAUAGCGCUAAGCUCAUGUGUUCAUAGAUGUAGGUGCUGUUUGUUCACGUAGCUGAGAGUGGACCCAGUUUAGCCCUGGCCGGAACCGGAGCAGGUUUCUGAGGCGGUGGAGAGGAUGAGGAGCUCUGGUGGGCGACGUGCAGACUCAAACCUUCAUCUGGACAUGAGACAAGAAGUACGUCUGUAUUUAGGGCGUCCUGCACAGAUUGACCAGUGAUGACAGUCAGCAGACGCGCCGACCCAGCGAGCAGCAGAACCGGGCCUGUCAGGAUGAAGUCAUGACUGUCAUGAUUGGACCAUGGACUACCUCACAAACCGUGCCCAGGUUGUGAGAGCACUCUGAGCUGCAGGGUGGGGCCCCACAGGGCGCGGUCCCGGGCCCCUUCUCUUCACCCUCUGCACUGCAGGCUUCAGACACAACUCAUCUGGCUCUGCAAUUGUUGGACUUAGUACAAAGGACUCACUCAGAGCUUUGUGGACUGGUGUCAGCAGAACCACCUUCUAAUCAAUGCAGGAAGACCAAGGAGAUGGUGGUGGACUUCGGCAGAUGUCAGUCUACACCCCCUCCUCCAGUGAACACUCAGGGAAUGAACAUCCACAGAGUGGACUGUUAUAAGUACCUGGGUGUUCACCUUAGCAACAACACAGAUGCGCUGUACAGGAAGUCGCAGACAUUCUGCCGCCUUUGGAUGCUUUGGAUGCUGCUGCGUUCAGUCGGACUCUGACGUUGUGGCCGUGAGUCCUCACAGGGGACAAUCUGAAGCUUGAGCGUCGCUUGGAGCAGGACAAGGACAAGGUCCGCGACCACUUCCAGCCUGGCUGGUUCACACCUCAGCACCCUUGCUCCAACUGGGACCCCCCCAACAACCACCCACCCCCUCUGCCUCACUCUGAAGCAGAUCAGUUAAGGAGAACAAAGGCCAGGAAGGCAACAGGCCCUGAUAACAAGCUCCCCAGAGCCCUCAGGGAGAGUGCAGAACAGCUCAGUAUUCAACCUGAGCCUCAGCCUGGAGAGAGUACCAGUACUCUGGAGGACUUCCUGCCUGGUUCCGCUUCCAAAAGUACCCCGUCCUAAGCCCACUGGGAGCACUGUGAGGGUCAUGUUUUGUGACUUCCCCAGUGCUUUCACCACCAUCCAGCCAUCACUGCUGAGGAGGAAGCUGGAGGAGGCAGGCGUGGACCAACAUCUGGCUGCUUUGACCAUCAACUACCUCAGACAGGCCACAGUUUGUGAGGCUGCAGGACUGUGUCUGAUGCGGUAGUCUGCAGCACGGGGGCCCCUCAGGGGACGGUGCUCUCCCCUCUCUGUUUACACUGUACACAUUGGACUUUCAGUACAAGUCCCACCUCUGUCACCUACAGACGUUUCCGAUAACCCCGCCGUUGUUGCAUGUGUAUCGGGGGGACGAGCAGGAGUACAGAGGGUUCAUCACUGACUUCGUCAGGGUGAGAACAACCACCUGAUCCUAAACACCAGCAAAAGGAGUUAGUGCUUGACUUCAGGAGAUCCCCUCCACCACACACACCCAGCGUGGCUGCACUGUGGCUGUAACAGUGGUGCUGAAGGAGCUGCUGCAGACUUUACUAAAUAAGAAAGCACAGCAGCUGCAGACAUGAAGGGUACGUGCACUACACCACGUUUCUGACGACCACAAAGAUACAAGUCACGGCCCAAGCAGAAGUCUGCCUCCUAUCUGGAAUCUGCUGUGUUUUUUCACAUGAACGGAGGUUCCGUGGUCUGAAUGUAUGGGCUCCAAACAGGCCACGGCUGUGAUUGAGUUCAAACGCCAAACAGACUGUUUUGUCUAGCAGGCAGAACGCUAGCAGGCAGAACGCUAGCAGGCAGAACGCUCAGCACCAUAAACUGCUGCUCAUGUUGCAGCUGGACCUGGUGCCAGUGGAACCACCUCCUGAUCAACACAGAGGAAACAAUGAAGAUGGUGGUGGAUUUUUGCAGACAGCAGUCUGCUGUCAUCCCACCGAUGCACAUCCAGAGGAGGGACAUUGAGAGAGUGGACUCUUACAAGUACCUGGGUGUGCAUCUGACCAAUAAACUGGACUGGACUCAUAACAUGGAUGCACUGUACAGGAAGGGUCAGACAGACUCUACCUGCUGAGGAGGAGUGAGGGGCCACUCCUGAAGACCUUCUAUGACUCUGUGGUGGCAUCAGCCAUCCUGUACGUGUGGUCUGAUGGAGCAGCAUCACAGUGAUGACAGGAAGAGACUGGACAGGGUCAUCAAGAAGUCCAGCUCUGUCCUGGGCUGCACUCUGGACACGGUGCAGGAGGUGGUGACAGAAGGGUCCUGGCUGAACCCACAUCCAUCCUGGACCAGGACUCUGACCCACUGGAGGACUCACUGUCUGCUCUGGAGCAGCUUCAGUAACAGACUGAUCCACCCUCACUGUGUGAAGGAGAGAUUCUGUAGAUCCUUCCUCCUGCUGCUGUCAGACUCUACAAUCAGCACUGUUCCUGGUCCUUAACUCACCUAUCAGUGUUUAUGUGACCGGUGGCUUCUGCGUUGUGUACUUUUUCGACUCACAGAUACGAUUCACGAUCAUCCAGUUUACGCUGACAAACAGAAAUAAUACAACAACCCACAGCGGCUGAAUUUCAGGCCCUUUCUCCUGCUCCUCUCCCAAUAUAUCUUAUAUACUUUCCUGGUUUUAUCUGUUUUUUCUCUCUGUGUGUUUAGUACUAGAAGAUGACAAAUAUCAUACCAUGACAAGCAUCAACUGACUUCUCUUAUCGAGUUCCUUGAUUUCCAAUAAGUGAUAUUGGUAAGUGCCUUUGGUCAAAUCAUCCAUCUUUAACAUCAUUCCACAGUCACAUCAACAUUCACAUGAUUUCAUUCUUCUCCUCUUCUUCUUCUUCUUAACCAACAGUAUAAUGUGGACUGUCUGCAGGUGUGACAGGUCUACAUCAGCAGCGCUGGGACGCCAGCUGCUUAUGUUUUCAUGUCGCUUUAAUCUUAAAAACACAUUUAAAUGAGGUCUCAGUGUAAAUGAAAUAUAUCUAAUUAUUCUGCAACUUUGUAAACCAUAAUAGUUCCCUACUUCUCUUCCUCUUUUUUAAUAAGACAUGUUGAAAUAAGGUUGUAAGGCACUGGGCGGCGCUUGGCUCGGCUCUAUAAAAUGUGAUCUCUCCUUCAGUGUUUUCACAGCAGUGACAGACUCCACGCAUUCUCCUCCAGGCCGCUGGACCAGGAGUGAAGAUGCUUCGCCAUCGCCUCAUAGCUUUGGUUCUGUCCGUCUUGGUGGCUGCUGGAAACACGCAGGCUCCUGUGGAUCAGAAGUGGCUCACACGCAUCGUAGAAGUCAUCAAGGCAGGGUAUCCAUUAGGAGACACCUUCAGUCUUGCUGUGAACAUCCCACAGAACCAAGAUCCAGACAGUCUUCAGCAGGUCCUUCAGGAUGACACAUCCGACAAAGUGGAACAAAGUGUUUCCCAGGGUCAAGUGUACCAAGGUGCACGAGUGGUGGCAGCAACACAGUCUGAGGCGGCAUCACGUGUCCUUGAAAAGAUUCAACCCUUUGUUAAAAGCAGUGAGGGAAACUUCCUCCUCCUCUACUCUGAACAGUCGCCAUGUGGGCCAACGUGUGCCAGCACCAACGAGAACAGUCUCGCCAGCAGUUUUGAUGACAUCGUGCAGAACUGGGAUGGUUAUGCGUUUGUGUUUUCUAAAGUGGUCAGCGAUGCUGCUGCUGACACAUCUCAGCUGAGUGAGUCCUUUAAACAACUGGGCAUUUCCACACUUGGGCUUGAUCACAUUUUUCGUUGUUACCAACCUGGGGACGGAGCUUUUCAAUGCACCAGCUGCUCCUCGGGUGAAGAUGUUACACCCGCAUGUGUUGCAAACACAAAUCAAGAAACAGCUGUUGAAUCAGGUGUGGGCAGUCAAUUAGACGACAAUGUUGCAGGCAUUGGAACAGCCACAAAAGAGCAGACAGCUGGCAAGGUUGCAAAAGGUACAGGACAACAGGGCAAAGGUAAAAAAGGGGGACAGGUUCAAAAAGGCAGCAAAAGUAAGAAAAAAGGGAAAGGUAGGAAGAAAGGCAAAGGUAAGAAGAAAGGCAAAGGUAAGAAAAAAGGGAGAGGUAGGAAAAAGGGGAAAGGUAAGAAAAAGGGUAAAGGUAAGAAAAAAGGUAAAGGUAGGAAAAAAGGUAAAGGUAGGAAAAAAGGUAAAGGUAGGAAAAAAGGCAAAGGCAAAAGAGGGUAAAGGUGGCAGGUAGGGGAUAAACACUGGAAUUAAACCUACGAUGUUGUCAAUUUCUCUUACCUUUGAGUCAAUACCAGCAUCUGUGCAUCACCUGAUAAUAGGCUAAGCUUUAUGUUUCAGUGACUUCCAUGAAAAGACCAAAACUAAAACUGAGAUGCUGCUGACAACCACACAGUUUAAACGUGGUUGGAUGUAGUGUCUGAAUAAAGCUUCACUGUCUUUAUGGGCCAACAAACCUGCCAGCGACCCAGACACCUGACCAUUAAUGUGGGUGAUGUGGCCAAGUAUUGAAACAAAGAGAACAGAUGGUCCAUCGUAACUGUGCUUCAUUUUCUUGCUCUUUCAAAUAAAGCUUGACUCAGCAUCUA